AUGUUUGAACGACCCGAUUCGGCCGUUUGGCCGGAGUAUUUGCGUCGCAAAUAUUUUCGUUCUCAAGCGUCAUACGCACAGGUUCGUUAUUGGUUAGACGAACAAAUUCGAUUUGAUCAGUCGAGCAACGAGCGAGCAUUGGCCGUUUAUCACAUGCCCGUUUUGUUUGAAAUCAAAACAGGACAGUUGUCUGUCGAACGAUUGCAAUCAUGUCUGGAUUUACUAGUUAAAAAACAUUCGGUUUUGCGCACUAAAGUCGAAUAUGAUUCGGUAGACGAAUGUUUGAAACAAUAUGUCAAACCAGUAGAAGAAUGUUGCUUUAAAAUUGAGCAAAGUUUCAUGGGAACGAAACAAGAACUUGACGAUAUAUUAUUAAAUGAAGAAACUAAUCAAACAUUGUUCAGCUUAUCUGAAGGUAUUGUGUGUCGUUGUCAUUUAAUUUGCCAUAGCAACAAAAAUCAUGACGGUGAUUGUCUGAGUCAGGGUGACAUUAUCCUAUUUAAUUUUCAUCAUUGUGCCAUGGAUGGUUAUUCAAUCGAUGAAUUAUUCAUGAGGGAUCUACAACUGGCUUAUGAGAACAAGCUGAUGGUGACAGCUGAUAACAACUUGAAUUACAUCGAUUAUUCAAUAUACGAGAAAGAGAUGGAUAUGAAUGAUGCGAGAAAAUAUUGGAUGAAUUUGUUGGAAGGUUUUGAGAUGAGACGACUAUUGCUGCCAUAUGAUCAUGAAUCCGAAGUGCGCACUGGUCGAGGAGCGGCCUUGUCGUUUUCUAUUUCAACUGAUGUCGUUCAGCACAUGAUUCACUAUGCUCAUGAAACGAACGUAACAAUGUUUCAGCUCUGCUUAGCCCUCUAUUAUUUAUUUUUGUUCAAACUGACGAACGAACGAGAUUUGUGUGUUGGGUUUGGCAAUGCAAACCGCUAUCGGCAAGAACUGCAGACAAUCAUGGGCACAUUUGCCAAUCCGAUACCAUUUCGAUGUCAACUCGAUCCUCGAGAAACAUUUGCACAGUUACUCCAGCGAAUAAAGGAACGUUGCUUGGAAAUAAUGGAAUUCUCCCAUAUGCCGUAUCAGGAAAUAACCAAACUGUAUCGCGAUUCGCAUGAUACGGGUUCAUUGUAUCAGACUAUGUUUCUGUUUAAAUCAUCGACUAAACAAGAUCUACAUUUCGCCAACGAUGAGAUCUUAGUGGAAUAUACUGAAAGAGAUUUAAGCUAUCACAGACAUGUAUCAAAACUCGAUCUGACAUUGUCGGUCGACUCUGACAUAAAAAAGAAAACAAUAUCCUGUUUUUUUGAAUAUUCUCUUGACCUGUUUGACCCGUCGACGAUUGCAGUAAUGUCAGGGCGAUUUCAAGUUCUCUUAAAAGAUUUGUUCAAGGAAUCGCUCAACGUUCACAAACCGCAGCCUCUGUAUGAAGUGUCUCUUUUGUUAUCUUCCGAGAUAGGAUUGCUUCAUGAAAUGAAUGAAACUUAUGUCGAAUGCACAAAUAUGAAAUCCAUCAUUCAUCAACAAUUUGUUGAGAAAGCUUAUAAUAAUUCACAAAAAGUCGCCGUUAUUCUCGAUGAACAGUCGUUGACGUACAGUGAACUUCUACAUUCCGUUCAACAUACGGCACUGUGUUUCAUAACCGAAUACAAUGUUCGUCCCAAACAAAUCGUUUGCCAAUGUUUGCAAAGAAGCAUUGAUAUGGUUAUUGGGGUUUUAUCGAUAUUGACAGCGGGGGCUAUCUAUUGCCCUCUCAACCCAAAUGAUCCUCCUGAACGACUUCGGUCUCUUGUAGGCGAAACCGGCUGUCGUCAUGUUGUGGUUGAUCAUCAUUUGAGGAAAGAUAUAUUUAUGGAUCAUCAGCAGCCGUCUCCUUUACAGUUCCUCAGCAUUAAGGAGCUAGCCAUGAAUAAUGGAAGUGAUAAAAUAAAUCAUGAACGACGACUGAAAAUCUUGUCAGAUGUACAAGUGGCAAUGGAAAAUAUGGCCUAUUUGAUUUUACAUCGGGUUCGACUGGGAAACCAAAAGCGGCAAGUUUUUUUCUUCCGGCGACAAAAUGCUAGUUUUACCCGCUGUUUUUCACACACAUGCACACUGUUUGCACUGGCGCGGGAACAUCUACAGGUGAUAACCUCCGAUUUCAAUGAUCUUUUGGCGAUAGAUAGAGGAUAG